ACUCAAACUUUUUAUUUGUAGUAAAAACAAAACUGCGAUUGACAUGGUCAUUGUUUUAUAAUGACAGAUAUCUUAGUUGCUUCAGCUGGAGAAGAUGUCCGCCUAUGGAAAACACCAGAGCUGAGUCUGCAUGCAGUAAAGAAUGGUGCAAAUGCAAAUGUUGUACAUUGCUGCUGCAGUUCAAAUGGGCAGUUGGUGGCUUAUGCACACGAAGAACAAGGUCUAAAUGUUGCAAGUCUUACAGAUGAUUCUGUUCCUGUUAUUAAAAUACCAACAACAUGUGAACAGUCAAAUGUGAUAUUUAAUGGCAAUUCACGAUAUCUCAUCAGUGGCGGUAUUGACAAUAUAAUAAGUAUUUGGGACAUCAAAUCGAGAACAGCAAAAAGGACUUACAAGGAUCAUGUCAAUCCAGUGAGCUAUUGUUUAUUUAAUUACAACGACAAUGUGAUUGCUUCAGCAUCUGACCAUGGAGAAAUCUUAAUCACAAAUGUACAAACUGGUGUUUCCUGUGAACCCAUGACUGGUUCUGAUACUCAGGCUGUACGUUGUCUUGGUUACUCUCAUUUUUCACGCCAUUUGCUUGCUUCAGCUAGUGACAGUGGAGUUAUCAAUUUAUGGGAAACAAAAGAGAAGAAGAUGUUAUUGAAAAGUUUUACUGAUCACAAAGCACCAGCUACUGGCUUAUCGUUUUCACCAUUGAAUGAUAUGCUGCUCUGUUCUACUGGAUUGGAUAAAAAGAUUGUAUUCUACGAUGUCACUGGAAAGAAAACUGUGAAAACAAUUAACACUGAAGGACCUGUUACAUGUUGUGAUUUUAUGAAUGAUGGUUGCACAGUUGCAGCAGGAACUGCAUCAGGUCGGCUGUAUAUGUUUGAUCUCCGCCAUGGCUCAACACCUCUUAAGGUAAUACCAGCUCACAAGACGUCUAUUCGAAGUGUUUCAUUUCAAAAGAUACCCAAAGAAAACAAGUCUCCCAGGCGUCCAUUGGAUGAAGCAUUGAGUAACCGUCGCGAAAACAGCUCUGUGGAAAAAACAUACAGUGGAGAAGAGGCCACCUCCUCGAAUCAGGAGAACUACCCAAGUAUGCCGAUGAAGAGCAGUAGCGGUUCUAACAUUGGUAGCCCUAUGCUAAGUGGGCGUGAUUAUAAUGUCCAUAGUAUGAUGGGCGGUCGUGAAAACAGCACCCUGGCGUUGAAUAAUGUUUUGAGUCAAAACAAAACACCCGAAAUGAUGAUGGCAAAUAUUCCGUCGAAAGCAGCGAAGUUAAUGGGAGAUGAAAUAUUUUCGCCGAUUGCUAUAGAUCCUUCGAUCCAAACCAAGAAAACAGUAGCAUAUCGUCAAAAAUCGUCAGGUAAAGCGAACUUCACAAGACCACAAUCUGUGUCUAUCGAUCAAGAUGAGGUUCCUAGACCUUCAUUUUUUCGCAGUAAAUCAGGUACUCUGUCGAAGUUCUCGUUAUCUACUCGCAGCACUGAUGAUCUGUUGUCCACAAUGAAAAAAACGACAAAAGAAGUUGAGUUAAAGGAUGACGGAAAAAAGAGCGGACUGCUGGGGUUUAAGUCGCCGUUUAAAAAGAAGACGCACGUCAAUUACAACAAACACUCCGACGAAUCGGAGACAAGUUCGAUCGAUUCAUUCAACAUGGACGAUAAAUCGAACACGCUCAAUGCCCGGCGCGGAAAGAAAGACCGGUUAAGUGACCGGUCAAACGAUUCCGGCGGACGACCGCAAGAAAACGGUAAACUAAGUAACGGCUCCGGAAGAUUAUCUCCUCACGGUCGGCAAAUAGAUACUAAUCAGUUAUUGGCUGAUAUACAACACUCCUUAGGUACCCAGGGCGAAAACAGAUCACCAAGUUUACAUUCGGUUGACUCCGCCGGUAACCAUGGUGAUAUGUUUCAUUAUGGCGGAGCUGGUAAUGGACAGCCUGUUCAAUUUCAAGUAGAUUUUAUACAGAGAAUGAUAGACGAAGCGAUGGAAGAAAACAGGUCAGCCGUACAUAACGAUAUGGUGAACCUACAAGUUGAAAUGCUACGUCAGAUGGAGAUACAAAAGGAACAAAUACGACAAAUGAUGCAGCAUUAUUCGAUAAACGACGAUCUUGUCGCCGAAAUUGACCGACUUCGUGCCGAAAACGAGAAACUGCGAACGAAGUAUUAACCAAACCAAAACGAUUGUAUUGCCGUUAAUUCCAUCGACCCGCGUUCUAUAUUCGGCGGCAUUUUUGCUAGAGCCGCAAUGUCUUCGAUACGGGAAACCAAUCUUCAACAAAACGUUCGCUGAUUAUUUAGCCGUGGUUGGUUAUUUUUCCGUGUGGAUCACGGAUCAGCACAGCGGCCCUUGCGGCUAGUACCAAAAAAGGUGAACCAUGUUUUUACGGCACGACAUUAACUGGACAAUAUUGUCACUUGCUGGUGUAUGUAGUCUGAUGGUGUACUAGUAUGGUAUCGAAAGUGUCUUCACCGUAACUCUGUUUAACUGUUUAAGUUAAGAAUUUGUAUAUUGUUGAAUAAAAUAUUUAUAUGUAUAUGACUUGAUAACCCUACUCAGCGGUGUACGGUACGACUCGAUAACCCUUCUCACACGGUACGGUAGUUUUUUUAUUGCAGAAACUUUGGUGUUUACGAACAACCUUUGGGGUAUUUGUGAGGCAAACUUUCGUGAUAUUUUUUAAACUUUGUGAAUGUUGAUCUGUUUCUAAGUAAAAGAAAAGCAUUGUAAGGAGUUGUUUAUCAAAAAAACGGAUUUUAGAAAAAAGUUAGGAAAACGCACUCUAGCUUAAAAUUCGCGAAAGUAAAUUUUCUUUAAAUAAAGCAGUUAACACGAAACACCACAAUACAAGAUGGGCCAAUUAUGUAUAUGUUAGGUCCACCAUAGCCAACAUCGUAUUGAUUAAUUCUUUGUCGUUAGCAUAACAUUUGAGAAGAUUUGUAGAUUUUUGUUUUUCUAAAUAUUUUAUAUUUAACUACAUAGUUGUAACAAUUCUUUCAUACAUAAUGUGAAAUAUUUCUGAUGAGAAAUAGACAAAGUUAAACCUGUCUUUUUUAACUGAAACAAGGACAACCCUA